UGCGCUAUGCUCAGCCUCUCUAGCCCAUCAUCGUCGCGCGCGUGCGAGUGCAGUUGCAGGACUGAAAAAGCAGACAAUAUGAAAUUUUCGUCGCUUUCUUAGUUAAGCCUACUUGCUUUAGAAUGAGUGCAACUUAUAUCCUCGAACCACCGACUAAUGGAAAGGUACUACUGAGAACAACAUGCGGAGAUAUUGAUGUUGAAUUAUGGUCAAAAGAGACCCCCAAGGCCUGCCGUAAUUUCAUCCAGUUGUGUCGGGAGGGGUACUAUGAUGGCACUAUCUUCCAUAGAAUUAUUAAGGGUUUCAUGGCUCAGGGUGGUGAUCCCACAGGCACAGGAGAAGGUGGGGAGUCAGUGUAUGGCCACCCAUUUAAGGAUGAGUUUCAUUCUCGGCUUAAGUUUGCACGACGUGGAUUGCUUGCCAUGGCUAAUGCUGGACCUAAUGACAAUGGCAGUCAGUUCUUCUUGACCUUUGACCGCUGUGAUCAUCUUAAUAACAAACACACCAUAUUUGGCAAGGUGGUUGGCAACACAAUCUACAACAUGAUCAAGUUGGCUGAGGUAGAAGUAGAUUGCGAAGACAGACCUAUUUAUCCACCAAAAAUCAAGUCAACCGAGGUCUUAUCUAAUCCAUUUGAUGAUAUUGUACCCCGUCAGCUGAAGAAGGAAACGGAGAAGGAAGUAAGGAAGAAAAGUAAAUCUAAGGCUACAAAAAAUUUCAGCUUAUUAUCUUUUGGAGAAGAAGCUGAAGAAGAUGAAGAAGAAGUAAAUGAAGCAAGCUUGAAAAUAAAGCAGAAACAUAAAAGCAAGAGUGCUCAUGACCUUGGGAAUGAUCCCAAUCUGAGCUCAGUUGCAGCCGUUAAUGUAGAGAAGCCAAAGCCUACAUUGCCAUCAGAUGAUGUUAUCGAAGAAAUUGAAGAAGAGAAACAAGUAUCGCAUGAGGAUGUGAAGGAAUCAAUCCGCAAGAAACUCAAGAAGUCAUCAGAAAAACCUGUACAAAAACUGCAUGAGGAAGCAGAUGAUGGACAAUCAAGGAGAAGUGAGAUGCAGAAGGAAUCCGAUCAACUUACAAGAGAGUCACAUGUAAGGGAAACCAAAAGGAGAGACAGUGACGCGAGGCUUCAAGAUAAAGACGAAAGGAAAAAAAGUGAUGAGGAAGAGGCCGAAAUCCAGCAAAAAGAAGCUGUUAGUGCAAGUCCAGUAUCCAAUGAUAUGAUGUCAGAAUUUCGUCAGCAAAAAAAGAAAUUCCGACAAAUGAAGAAGAACCAAGCAGUGGGAGGCAAUAGAGAAGAUCAGACACUUGCAAUUCUUGCCAAGUUCCAGAAUUCUCUUCAUCAAGCCAAUCAAGAAGAAAAAAAUGAUGGCAACACAAAAGCUGAUGUUAAAAAUCAAGAUGAUGAAGAUGAAGAAGAGACUGCCGGGACAAGAUGGAUGGCUCACAUUCUCAAAUGUGAGAUGAGCAUGAGUCAAGUGAAAGAUGCGAAUAUCAAAGAUGCAGAUACAUAUAGCAUCUACGACCCUAGAAAUCCCAUGAACAAGAGGAGAAGAGAAGAAGGCAAGAAGAAAUCUAAGGAAAGGAAAUGAACUUUGUAAUGGAAGCGUCUUGUAAUACUUUAUACGUGUAUACAUUUCCUUGGUGUAUUUAUCCAACAAACAACCGACCUACUCAAAUUCAAUUAUCCAUAGUUAUUUUGAAGACUGUGUAAACUGAUGCUCUACAAUGACAGUUAUUUUAAUGAAAUAAAACAACAGACAGUUUUUAAUAAGGCAUGUCACCCCUGAAGCUCAAAUUAUCAAUAAAGAUCACGCCAAUUAUUGGAAAUUCGUUCGCAUGAGGGGAUGUAAAUUGUACAAAGUAUGGUUUGUCCCUCACUGGUAUAAUUUUAUGUUUAUAAUCCUACUUGGAUGGGAUUGAAUCCCUGUUCCCUUGCUCCUGUCUUCUACUGUGAUAUGGUAUGUUAUGUCUCUUGGUAAUAGAAUGUUGACUGGGGAGCUCAAUUUUUUCAAAACUGCACUGAGUACAGAUUAAAUGUUUUAUAUUUAUAUUUUAUCACUAUUUGUAUCAUGGGGAUAUUUUUCUGUUGCUCAUAACAAUGCUGAACCGACUAUGAUGAAUUUGUUUCAAAAGUUUUUCACUUUCCAGGUUUUCAACAUAUGAUCUAUUUUCACUGUCCUGAUUUUUCAUCUACAAUGUAUUUGCCGUCCCAAUAUUGUUUCUACCACAAUUCCCCCCUCCCAUUUUGCGCUUGAAUUCUCCAUCCCAUUGCAUGCUGCAUCUCUGCCCCCCCCCGUCACUUUGUGCAACCGUUGGACAUCAAGAUCAAUUGAACAUGAUUUCAAGAGUGUGGCGGGCAUCUCAGAAAUUUACAUUGACUAUGAUCAAGUACCCUAAUGUUGAACCACCGUUCAACCAGACAAACGACAAAGAGAACUGUCAGAAUACCUUACACCAGGAAGUGCAUAAUUAGAAUGAGUAAAUUGAGAUGUAUCCGUCGGUUGCUCGUAGAAUUUGGAAGGUCAAAAGGCUGUUUGAUUUUGUAAGGUGAAGUGAUUGCUUAUCAUUCCCGUAAACUGGAAUGGUUGUAAGCUGACUUGCAGCAGAUCCAGCCCCCUUCUGUAUUUCAAUAGCCGCGACCCAAGGCCCGACCAAAGCAACGCCGUGGCUUUAACUAAUGCCCACACAAUAUUUUGCUGCAAUCAGUUGGAUUGAUAAUGCUGCGUAUUUAAUUUUCACACACGCUGUCAGUGCUGCUCAGAGUGCAAGAACAUGUAACGUCGGACGUACUCAAAAUGGUUCAUCAAAUAUGCUGGGGGUUUUUUUGCCUGUUAGAAUAUUGUAAGAUUUUUGUAUUCGUAAUUAAAUAAGUGGGGGACUUUUACCCUCUGAAGAAAACUUUCUACCCUUGACCUGCAGCUCUCAUUUGAAUGUUAGUCCUAAACUUUUUUUCUAAUCGAUCAAAUGGGACACGUGAAGUUUCCCAGCUGAAGAUACCUGAUGACAUUUGAAGAACAGGAAAGUUCUUGGUAGAGGCUAUACGAAACCUACGAUGUCUGUCAUGGGAGCUAAUGCAUGUCAUUCCACAUCCGCAAUACCGCAGCUAUUGUUCCCAAGACAAUGAAAAAUUUUAUUCAAUAUCAUACUUGUACAGUAUAAUACAGAAGGUCAUAGGAUGUAGCAAAGAUGUUGGGUUGAUGCAAGCAUAUCGAAAUGCUGUGACUGAUUUAGCUCUAAUUUUUCGCCAUUAACAACAUAACAAGAACGUCAUUGGGAUGAGUAAAUAGUGUUUGCCGAAGGAUUUACAGUUCAGCACGGUUACCUCCCACACCUUACACGUACUUCAAAUGUUUCGGCUUGACACAUCUGUAGGAAAACAAACGGGAAUGGUUACACGUAUAGCCCAUAAUGAUUGUCGAAAUUCUUUCACCCUUUCUUCAAGAAAGUUUCUCAAGUGUUUAGAGAGCAAGAUAUUCGUGAGGCGAACACCACUUUUCACUUAAAAACCCAUGUUGUGGAUGCAUGCAUCUGAGAACGGCACGGUGUUCAUGUACUCUAUAAUCUCAUGGCCGUGUGUACGGUGCACAUGUAUGUGGAUACGUGAGGCAGUAAUAUAGCGCGAGAAAGGGGCCAGUCCCGUCAUCAAGGUUUGCAUAAUCAUGAUGAUAGCGCCAUGAAAUCCUGCCCCCAUUGGCUCUCACCUCCAUCAAUUCCUCACAUUCAGUUGAAUUAUUCUAAUAGGGUGUAUUGCUUGGUUCAAUGACCCACGGGGAUGGUCACCUCCUGUAACUCCCCACGUUCAUGUAUGGUGCCCCUGUCACCUAUACUGGCUACCAUCCCUGUCUUCGUCAACUUGUCGAGCCGCGAUUUGAUUUAGGUUCUGAGCUAACAUUUUCUGGUUUAGAAUUGAAAUCGGUAGAGCUCAUAAUCCAAGGAUUUGUGUAUUUUGUGUACCAAUUGGACAUACUGUUUAUUCUAUAGGCUCAUAAGUUUCUUCUGGCCCUAUUUGAGUAUUUCCACGUAAUAUAAAGCCCUUUAUCUUCAUGCUUCUCAUAUUUACACGUGCUUUGUUUUUUUUAUCCUUCCAUGGCAAUAAAGAAUUGAUGGCGGAAACCAUUAA